GCGAGUUGCGAGCUUUGGUCACUACGGGCUCACGCCAUCUCACACAUCGUCGAGGAAGGCAACACGCUCGACCAGGCCCACCUGCCUAACGAAGAGUCGAUUCGGCUCGAGAUCCGUAUCCCGAUCGGACAAAUACACACCUUCUCACCUCCAAGCUCCAGUGUUUGUUGACAAACCAGGACGACUGUCGCCUCGGCCCAGUUUCACAUCGAGCAGACCAUCUUGGAUUGGACCACAGCAUUCGUCACCAUCACCCGCACCCGACGUAUCAACCAUGGCUCAGAAACACGAGAUCCUUUACAGCCACCCCGGUCUGCAGCCUCCCGUCUUCAUUGCCGGUUCCAUGUGCGAGCCGCAAUGGGAGCCAAUAGAGAUGGCAUACGAGGAGAAGGCAGACGGCGAACUAGAAUUCAAGCAUGAGUUCAAGGCUCAGCCUGGACAAUACCAAUACAAGUUCCGCCUCGGUCCUGGUGACUGGUGGGUACUUGACGAGACCAAGCCGACUGUUGACGAUGGAACUGGUAUUCGCAACAAUCACUACACCGUGGAAGCCGAAAUUCCCAAGCACGAGGUUGAGAAAGCUCCUCAAGCACAGGUCUCACACACCACAAAAGAGAUGGACACCCCGGCACCAGCACACACUGCAGAGCAAAAGCCUUCUGUCCCGGAAAUAGAAGAUGACGAUGAGAUUCCUGAGAGCGAGAAGAACCUCUUCCGACACGAGACUAUCCAGAUCGCCGACGGUUCCGGCCAGAGCGACAAGGAGGAUCAACAAGAUCAAGAGGAUGAGGAUAACGAAGAACCGCCGCUCCUCGAGCACGAAGCUGGUCCAUACCAACGCGUGGACAGCCAGCAUGUAACGCCGUUCAAAACCGAUAACUUCGUCUUCGACGAGCCCGUCGAGCACGCAAUUGACGUCGACGACUUUGCUGACGACGAACGCGACGCUCCUUGCCCUUUAUUCAGACACGAGACUGGAGCUGCAAGCGACAUAGACCCGGAUGAGGCACCCUUGUUCCGUCACGAGAGCAUCUCCCCUCUGGACCCCAUGUCAACAAGCCCGCUUUCACCCUCAUCUCGUAAGCAGCGCAACUUUGACUUCCAAGACGUCAACGAUCCCUCGCUUGAGCCCUUCCCUGUUGACGAGGCUGGUAUCCAAGCACGUAUCCAGCGUGCUGCAACACGCCGUCGUGAGGAUGACGACGUGUUCGACGGUACUCCGCCUUCGCCUUCUCUGGCUCAGACCAAAUCAUUCUCUCCCCAAGCCCGCCCUGAGCUGCCUCAUCAUGAGUCUAGCGAUCUCAGUCAUCUCGACGCUAUCGACGAAACAGAAGAGACAGAUGACGAAGACGAAGCGCCCGCAGUCAAGCUUGUUGGAAAGAAAGAUUCGCUCGUACAUCCUACUCCCAUUAACAUCAAGGUGCAGGAUGUUUCUGAGAUUGCCAACAUUCCUUCGUUUGCAGACGUCCCAGAAAUCUCGAAUCAGGGGCCACCUACACCACCCAUGACACCUACUGAGCACGCCAGAUCGAAGGCCGCACCUCACGAUGGUGCAUCCGAUUCGAAGGAGCAGCCUGCUCAACGUGGAGACCGUCGUUCUCGUGAGGACAAUGUCACAGAUCACAUCGCAAAUCGCCCAUCACCCAGAGAGAUCGCAGAGGCAGAAAAGAAAGGCGAGAGCGUGGAUGCUGCUAAGAAUGGAAAGCCUUCCAAAUCAAGCACUCCCAAACAGAGCAUGAGCUCAAUGGCUUUCAUUUGGUUUGUCGGUCUUUGUGGUGGCAAGCAGAAUGCAGCUGGUGUCGCUAUUGCCAUGAGCGUCGCAGCAGUCGCGCUCGCCAUGAAUUCACGCUCUGGAUAGAUGCUCCAUACUGGACUCACCUUUUUUCCCUUAAUUCUCACAACACAUUUUCCUUUGUAUUUCUUAUGUCGACUCUGUCUCAUAAUCGGACUUCCUUCAUACAGCGGGCGCAGAACAGGGUGGGACACGGUUUGUCACGAAGCAUAUGGUUACGGCUGAUUUUCAUCACAUUCAAUAAUGCAAUGACGAUGGGGAGAACGCUGCCGAAGCGCCCGCACAGAUAGGCGG